AUGGCACCAACUUCAAUCAUCAACAACCCAGACGGAGCUCAAACUCCCUUGAAAUCAAAAAUUGCUGCUGCUGGUAAUGACGACUUUGAUGAAACUGUUAUCAAAUUAGCCAACUUGAAACCAAUUGGAUGGGCAAAAGCCUCUAAAGACAUCGUCACCGGUGGAGACAAGGAAUGGGUUAAUCGUUUGCCCAAAACCACUAGAGAGAGAUUUGAAAAGUAUGGUAUUGACCUUUCGGAAGGCUACCCUUACAUUCCAGAAAGCGACAAAAUCCCCAAGUUUGUUGAUGAAGCGUUCGCAAUUAGAAGUGAGGAUUACCCAUUUAUUGAACGUGGUAAGAAUGCUGAUCCAGAAAAGAAGGCUUUAUUUGGUGCUGCUAAGGAUAUCAUCCACUUGACUCCCUAUAUUGGAACUGAAAUUGUUGGUUUGCAAUUAAGUGAUUUGACUGAUCAACAAAAGGAUGAGUUGGCAUUGUUGAUUGCUGAAAGAGUUGUUGUUUUCUUUAAAGAUCAAGACUUGUCACCACAAAAGCAAUUGGAAUUGGGUCACUACUGGGGUCAAGUUGAAUUCCAUCCACAAGCUGCAAGGGCUGGUCGUGAUCUUAAUGGAGUUACCACCAUUUGGCAAGAAUACCAAAAGGAAAGAGCCGGUAUUCCAUUAAGUUUCAAGAACUCCAAAUUGGGAAACUCUCAAUGGCACAGUGACUUGGUCCAUGAACAUCAAACUGCUGGUAUCACUCACUUGCAUCUUGAUGCUAUUCCACCUUUUGGUGGUGAAACCAUUUGGAGUUCAACUUAUGGUGCAUAUGACAAAUUAUCACCAGCUUUGAAGGAAUUUUUGGAUGGCAAGACUGCCAUUUACAAGAGUGCUCAUGUUUACUUGGAUCGUAAGAAUCCCUUGAGAGGUCCAAAACAUGUUGAAAGAGAACAUCCAAUCGUUAGAACACAUCCUGCCACUGGUUGGAAAUAUUUAUUUGUCAACAGAUCAAUGACUGAUAGAAUUGUUGGCUUGUUGAAACCAGAGUCUGAUUUAAUUUUGAACUACUUGUUCAAGGUUAUUGAAGAGAAUAGAGACAUUCAAGUUACUUUCAACUGGCAACAACAAUUGCCUGGUUUGAAGUCUCAACCUGAAGGGGAGCCUACUUACAGAGGUGCCUCAGCUCUCUGGGACAACAGAAUUUCCAACCACAAUGUCAUCCAUUCGGAGGAGAGUAUCCGUGGGCGCCACGGAACUAGAGUCACUUCUUUGGCCGAUACUGGUUACUUUGACCCAGAAUCAAAAAGUCAAAGAGAAGCUUUGGGCUUGUCUUUGGACUGA